AUACAUAUAUACCAAUUAUAUCUAUAAAAUGUCGUGUCGCUGGGGGAUUUUAUUUUAAAUACGACUCUGAAGUCGCAGCAACCGCAACAUGUUUCGAAUACGUAGCCUAUUGAUUGUGAUAUUCACCUGCCAGGCCCUGGGUGCGGACAUUUUAAUGGCCACCAUGGGCGGCACAAAGUCGCACAAGAUUCCGUUUUGGGAGCUAGCCAAAGGAUUGAUAAGCAGAGGACAUAACAUCACUUUCCUAAGUGGAUUUCCGGCAGAUUUUCAUAUCGAUGGCCUGCAUGAGAUAACACCAGCGAGUCUGGUUGAGUACAUACAGAACUACACAAAUUGGGAUCUAUUGGGUUCGAGAAUGAAUGGCGAAAUGCCAAUCAAGCCCUGGGAUGGAUUACGCUACGCAUUUGAGUCAUGCGAUGCUAUGUUGGGUGAUCCGGAAACCAAAGAUCUAGCGAAUCGCACCUUUGACCUGGCUAUACUCGACGGCGCAUUUCCCGAGUGCUUGCAGGGACUGACGCACCUCCAUGAGAUACCGUUUAUGUACAUAAACACCGUUGGAUUCUACACUGGCAGCUUAUCAAUUGCCGGCAAUCCGAUAAGCUAUGCGAUAACUCCAAACUUUUACUCCCGCUUCACGGACAGCAUGAGCCUCUACGAGCGAGCGCUGAAUACAGGAAUGCAAAUCGGUCAGAAUAUUUUGCACAGUUAUGUGAUGCGUCGUACUCAUCGUGUUCUGCGGGAUCACCUGGGUGCGCAUAUACCCCAUCCCUACGACAUGUCUCGCAACGUGAGCUUCAUACUGCAGAAUGGACAUGCUGUCGUCUCCUAUCCCCGGGCGCUGAAUCCAAAUGUCGCGGAGGUAGCUUGCAUCCACUGCAAGCCUGCACGACCGUUGCCCAAGGAUUUGGACGAUUUUAUUUCGGGCUCGGGUGCGUCGGGUUUCAUCUAUGUGUCAAUGGGCUCGUCUGUGAAGGCGGCCAAUAUGCCGGAGUCGCUGCGUCGUAUGCUGGUCAAGACAUUCGCACGCCUGCCCUACAAUGUGCUGUGGAAGUACGAGGGCAACGCGGCGGAUAUGCACGAUCUGACACCCAAUGUGAAGCUGUCCCGCUGGCUGCCACAGCAGGACAUUCUGGGCCAUAGCCAGCUGCGCGCCUUCAUCACUCACGGCGGUCUGCUGAGCAUGUUCGAAACGGUUUACCACGGUGUGCCGGUGGUCACAAUGCCCGUGUUCUGUGAUCAUGACGUUAACUCAGCCAAGGCGGAGGUCGAUGGCUAUGCUAUCAAGCUGGACCUGGAAACGCUGUCCACCAACCAGCUGUACAAAGCCAUCAUGAAAGUCAUCCAUGAUCCACGCUACAGAAAUGCAGCCAGAUAUCGCCAGAAUCUGUUGCUGGAUCAGCGAUCCACCGCCCUGGAGACAGCCAUUUACUGGACCGAAUACGUGCUGCGACACAAUGGGGCCUACCAUCUGCAGACCCCAGCGCGAAACAUGGGCUGGUGGCAAUACUAUCUGCUGGAUGUGGUGGCCGUCUAUUUGUUGACCAUCUGCGCCUUGGUGCUUAUUGCAAAGCGCCUUGAUAUUCGGUCUGAGAAGAUGCGCAGCCAGCACUAUCCCAACUUGCUUCCAGCAACCAAAAAGAAAUCGAAAAAACUAUAAUUCCAGCACACGAAACUAAUGUUUACCCACAAUCAAUUAUGUCUUAGAAUUACGGGUUGACAAAUAAUAUUGUUUAAAAAAAAGGAACUUUCUACAUAAGACAGACCUCAAAACGUAUACUGCUAGGGUAUAUAAAUAGCUUAAAUCAAUAACGGCAUCUCUCCGAAUCAAUCUUAGAAAAAUAGAAAAACCUCCGUUAGAAAAUUGGCAAGUUAGCUUUUAAUUCGAUCUAUUGUACAAAAUUAAAGUUUCCGAUACUUUCUCAUUGGAAGACAAUUAUUGUUUGUCAUCCGUUUAAGUUCUUUUCGCUCUAUUGGAAAAAGUGCCUUGUACAUAUUGUUUAUAUUUAUAAUAUUAAAUUUAAGUAGUUGCUUAAACAUACAAAUUUCGAAUAUCCUAAAAUUGUUGUGUAAAAUUUAUAAGCGCGGAAAAUUUAAACCAAAGUCUACAAAUCGUUUAACAUAAUCAUUUCCUUUCAAUUUUAUUGUUAAAACACCGUGGAGAGUUGGAGUAAAAUAAAGUUUAAUCUAUAAUGUUGAAAUGUGUGAAAGAAAGCGAAACAAAACAAACUUUUAGAAAUAUAAAGAGGAGGAAAUUAAUACAGCUUUAAGUAUCAAAUAUAAUGCUCGAUUUAAGUUACACGCAGAUCUAUUUUACGCUAACUGGAUCUAUAGAGAAAUAUUGCUGGGUAACAUCCGGUUCAC